AUGGAUUCACAAAGGUCUCCAGCACGACAAGGCAAUGACAACGAACGGCCAACGUCGGCCCCCAGUGGGGAUCGACGAGAUCGAAAGAGACAGAGGAGGCGGCCGAGCUCCGCCGACACGCGCCCUCGGCCGCAAGACCCGAGCGGGCCGCCCAUGCCCGUCGUGCAGCAGAUGAACAGCCAGGAGGAGAACGCGGCCUUCUCCACGCGCCUCAUGCUGCGCCCGAAGCCGGUGGACUACCAGCACGCGGUGCUGGUGGAGCCGGGCGACCCCAUGCCGCCGCCCCCGCCGCCGCCGCCCCGCCGCAAGAUCAUCGAGGAGGACGAGAAGUUCGUGUGGCUGCAGCGGCGCAGGACCCCGCUGCCGGUCUUCAACCCUUGCGUGCACCUCCUCUUCAACCAGCAAGUCGUCCCCAGAGAAGGCCUCACCCGCAAGGAACAUCUCGAGAUCCUAGCGGCCCCGCGCGAAUACCUUCGAGGCAGUUUGCGCGACAACUAUUGCGUCCUCAGCCGCCCUCGCGUCCAGAAACUAGUCGACAUGCUCCAAGAAGAGAUGCACGUCUCUCACAAGUAG